UGCUCAAGUAGACCAAUAGCUGCAUUUCUCACCCCAAGCAUGCUACGGAUUUUAGCAUGGCCAGCACAGCCAAGCCCAUGCAAGUCUUCCAUUCGGGGAACUGCCUCAACACUGUCGUCACCGUGCUGCUCCUCGUCUCCUUCGGGUUUGUCCUAGGCACGAUCUACAGCGCCAACUUCCCAGAAUCCUACCUGCCUCCUUUCCUGCAACCAUUGCCGUCUCUUGCACUCUCAUCAUCGCCGCUGCCGAUGAACUCUCCCACGCCUCCGGCACCGGCACCUUUGCCGGAAACACCGUGCAUCUUGCCGCCAUUGCCCUCUACCACUCUGCCGCCAGCGCCAUCUUCGCCCUCGCCGCCACCGGAGAAACCACUCAUGGGGUUCACAGACUUCCUUGCACCGAGCGGCAGCGUCAUGCACAACAUGACCGACGAGGAGCUCCUCUGGAGGGCCUCCAUGGCGCCCAAGGUUGCCGGCAUGCCGCGCCGCAUUGUGCCGAAGGUCGCCUUCUUGUUCCUGACGAAGGGGGAGCUGCCGCUACGGCCUCUGUGGGAGAAGUUCUUUGCCGGGCAUGAGGGGCUCUACUCCAUCUACAUUCACACCAGCCCAGACUACGCUGGCUCGCCGCCGGCCGACUCCGUCUUCUACGGCCGCAUGAUCCCAAGCCAGAAGACGAGCUGGGGAAAUAUAAACCUGGUGGAAGCGGAACGCCGUCUCAUGGCAAACGCCCUCCUCGACCUCGCCAACACCCGUUUCGCGCUGGUCUCAGAAUCCUGCAUCCCCUUACUAAACUUUGAGGCCAUCUACUCCUACCUGAUCACCAACUCCAGCAGCCACGUCGAGAGCUACGACCGGGGCGAUGGCCGUGGCCGCCACGGCCCAUUCUUCACCGCACACAACAUCACCCUCUCGCAGUGGCGCAAGGGUGCCCAGUGGUUCGAGAUGGAUCGAGCCCUCGCCGUGGAGGUCGUCGCCGAGGCACGGUACAUCACCGUGUUCCGGGGCGACCACGGCGCGUCCAACAUGGAGGAGUACUACCUUGCGACCCUGGUGAACCUGAUCCGGUGGGGGAACCGCAACACGAACAGGACCCUGACGUAUAUGGAUUGGAGGGGCGGCGGGAGUCACCCGAAGGAUCAUGGGGAGAAGGACGUGACGGUGGAGCUGGUGGAAGGGAUGAGGAGAGGGGAUGGAAAAUGUGGGUAUAAGGUUGAUGUUGGUAAUGGGGUUGGGGAGGUAGAAUUCUGCUACUUGUUCGCGCGCAAGUUCUCAAGGGACGCGGUGGGGAAGCUGCUCGAGCUAGCGCCCAAGGUCAUGGGGUUUGGGUGACAUGCUCGUUUGUUUUGUUUGUUUGGAUGUGUCUUGUCGUUUGGUGUGGAAACAUACCGGAUUGGAGAUCGAUCUGGCAGUCAUUGUAUGAUUUUGUGGAAUUAUUUUUUAUUUUCAUGGUGAAUGCAAACACGGAUGUUGUCGGAUA